CUUGGUCAGGGCGAUCCGCCCAGCUCCCUUAGAAAGUUGGCAACCUUGCUAGCCAAAAGCAGCCUCCCCUUUUCCUGAAACUUACUCUGUCCGUGGUGCUGAACCAUUCUGCCGAGAGACCCGCCCAGACCGGCGCUGUCAGCCCUGGUGAAAAAAUCUUCCCUGACGCUGCCCAAAUCAGAACUGUGUGUCUGUUAUUUACUCACGUACUCAACAAGCAGCAAGCCUUCUCCAUCUUAAUUCGAUUCUACCGCAGAGCAGCGUACGCCGGCGUGAUGGGAGGAGGUUAUGGGCAGGGAGGAAAAACUAAUAGCAGCAUUGCCCACCUGACACCUGAGAUGCUCCCCUGAGUUCUGAAUGUGUUCUGCUCCUUACAGCAAACACACCAUUUUUAAAAGUACUAUUCCUUUGACUUUGCCCUUACACAAGGAUUCUGUGGUAUUCUUUCCCCUUCGCCUAAAAGCCAGCAGAUUUGAAAGCAAUAAGCCUUCUAAACCGGGAAUUUACACUGUUUUUUCCGUGGACCGACUUCCAGGACAAGGACUCACUCAUCUGCAUCCGCCCAAAUACCAUGGCACUGCGUGCACCCUUUGCCGCCGGAUCCUCCCCUUCCAAUGAGACUUUCUGAUUGUGUCUACCAACUCUCCUAUUAGGAAACCCGUGGGUUGCAUGCAGCUAUUCUGUUGUAUUCUCAUUCUCACUCUCCCUCCCCUUUCUCACUCACACUCUUGCUGGAGGCACACCAAUACCAUUCUGCUCAGAAGAAAAAGCCCACAACUACCUUGAGCGAUUAAGACAAUAUGCGCAACCCUCGCCUUUCAUAGCGAUCGCUAUUUAAAUCUGGCAAGAGCGGACAACACUCUUUGCAAGAAUGGAGUCAGUAAAACAAAGGAUUUUGGCCCCAGGAAAAGAGGGGCUAAAGAAUUUUGCUGGAAAAUCCCUCGGCCAGAUCUACAGGGUGCUGGAGAAGAAGCAGGAGACCGGGGAGACCAUCGAGCUGACGGAGGAUGGGAAGCCCCUGGAGGUGCCUGAGAGGAAGGCGCCGCUGUGCGACUGCACGUGCUUCGGCCUGCCGCGCCGCUACAUCAUCGCGGUCAUGAGCGGCCUGGGCUUCUGCAUCUCCUUCGGCAUCCGCUGCAACCUGGGCGUGGCCAUCGUGGACAUGGUCAACAACAGCACCAUCCACCGCGGGGGCAAGGUCAUCAAGGAGAAAGCCAAAUUCAACUGGGACCCGGAAACCGUGGGGAUGAUCCACGGGUCCUUCUUUUGGGGCUACAUCAUCACCCAGAUUCCGGGCGGCUACAUCGCGUCUAGGCUGGCGGCCAACAGGGUUUUUGGAGCUGCCAUACUUCUUACCUCUACCCUAAAUAUGUUAAUCCCAUCAGCAGCCAGAGUGCAUUAUGGAUGUGUCAUCUUUGUUAGAAUAUUGCAGGGACUUGUUGAGGGAGUCACCUACCCAGCAUGUCAUGGGAUAUGGAGCAAAUGGGCCCCUCCUCUAGAGAGGAGUAGAUUAGCAACCACCUCCUUUUGUGGUUCCUAUGCCGGAGCUGUGAUUGCAAUGCCUUUAGCUGGCAUUCUUGUACAGUACACUGGCUGGUCUUCAGUAUUUUAUGUCUAUGGUAUCUUUGGAAUGGUGUGGUACAUGUUUUGGCUUUUGGUGUCUUAUGAGAGCCCUGCAAAGCAUCCUACUAUUACAGAUGAAGAACGUAGGUACAUAGAAGAAAGCAUUGGAGAGAGUGCAAAUCUUUUAGGUGCAAUGGAAAAAUUCAAGACUCCAUGGAGGAAAUUUUUUACAUCUAUGCCAGUCUAUGCAAUAAUUGUUGCAAACUUCUGCAGAAGCUGGACUUUUUAUUUAUUGCUUAUUAGUCAGCCAGCAUAUUUUGAAGAAGUCUUUGGAUUUGAAAUCAGCAAGGUUGGCAUGCUGUCUGCUGUGCCACACUUAGUGAUGACAAUCAUUGUGCCUAUUGGAGGGCAAAUUGCAGAUUUUCUAAGAAGCAAGCAAAUUCUUUCAACUACUACUGUGAGAAAGAUCAUGAACUGUGGCGGUUUUGGCAUGGAAGCCACACUGCUUCUGGUUGUUGGCUAUUCUCAUACUAGAGGGGUAGCUAUCUCGUUCUUGGUACUUGCGGUGGGAUUCAGUGGAUUUGCUAUAUCUGGUUUCAAUGUUAACCAUUUGGAUAUUGCUCCAAGAUAUGCCAGUAUCUUAAUGGGCAUUUCGAAUGGUGUUGGCACAUUAUCCGGAAUGGUUUGCCCUAUCAUUGUUGGCGCAAUGACAAAGAAUAAGUCACGUGAAGAGUGGCAGUAUGUCUUCCUGAUUGCUGCCCUAGUCCACUAUGGAGGAGUUAUAUUUUAUGCAAUAUUUGCCUCAGGAGAGAAGCAGCCUUGGGCAGACCCUGAGGAAACAAGUGAAGAAAAAUGUGGAUUUAUCCAUGAAGAUGAACUUGAUGAAGAAACAGGGGACAUUACUCAAAAUUAUAUAAAUUAUGGCACCACUAAGUCUUAUGGUGCCACAACACAGGCCAAUGGAGGUUGGCCCAAUGGUUGGGAAAAGAAAGAGGAAUUUGUACAAGAAGAGGUACGAGACUCAUAUAGCUAUAAGGACCGAGAUGAUUAUUCAUAACAAAACUAAUUGCUGGAUUUAUUUUUAGUGUUUGUGAUUAAAUUCAUUGUGAUUGCACAAAAAUUUUAAAAAAUGUGGUGUAAACAUGUAAACAUACCAACCAGGCAAGUCUUGCUGUAAAAAUGAGAUCAAAACAAACCCAUGAAGUUACCAUCAAGUGCAAUCUGUAGAAGUUGUGAAGUUCCAUCAUUUCCAUUCAGGUAAUUCAUUCUUACCUUUGUGACUGGUCAAAAUUGUAGAAACAAGUAGUUAUUCAUUGGAUUCAUAUGAGCUAAAACUCAUCACCAUUUAAUAAAGCACAACUAGAACAGUUGGCACAUCUCAUCCUCCAAAGGUUAAGAAGCCAAAGCUACUUGAUCAUGCAACAUGCACUUAAAUAUUUGUUAC